UUUCAAUUUAGAUACUGCGCACCGUGGCGUGACCCUGAAAAUUCAGCCGAAGACGCGAUUCUAUCAACAUGCACCUUAGUGCGCUAAUAACGCGGAUUUGCGUUCGGUCGUUUCAUUUUACGCCAUCAGCAAUGGGAUCUCGGGCUCGCAUACAGAUACUUCCCAGCUCGAAGAUUUUAUUCGAUGAGCCGCUGCAAAUUAAAGUGGAGGGACUGAUUCCAAAGCAAAGUGUGGAGCUGAGAGCCAAACUUACUGACGACAAAGGCGUAGUUUUUAAAUCAUCUGCUGUAUAUUGCGCAGACACCAGUGGUACUGUUGAUUUAGGAACCUCUAGUUCUCUGAGUGGCAGCUUCACUGGUGUCGAGCCUAUGGGUCUGUUCUGGUCAAUGGCACCAGAAACACCCCAUAGCAGACUUUUGAAAAAAGAUACAUCGAGUCCAUUUUUGGUUAAUAUCGAGGUAGCUGAUACCUCGGAUUUGGGACAACCGCUCGGAAACGCGACAGUGGAAAGGCGGUUUAUGGUAGAAGGAGCUCGCAGGGUACCUGUAAAAUUUGGAAGAAUAAGGGGUACCUUGUUCUUUCCACCUGGGCCAGGUCCUUUCCCAGCGGUUCUUGACCUUUACACGUUUGGCGGUGGCUUGACAGAGAUACGUGGCAGCCUGCUGGCAAACAAGGGGUUCGUAGUCUUGUGUCUGGCCUUCUACAGAUACGACGAUUUGCCCAAGACCGUUACCCACUUUGACCUAGAAUACUUUGAAGAGGCCUUGACGUUCCUGCGGAGUCAACCUGAGGUCAAAGCUCCUGGUCUUGGCCUUAUUUCGAUUUCUAAGAGUGGAGAUCUGGCUUUGGCUAUAGCAUCACUCCUGCCAGACGUUUCUGCCACUGUGUGGAUCAAUGGCUGUAAUGCCGCUACCGUAUUCCCCCUGCACUACAAAGACCGGAUCUUCCCUGCAAUUGAGGUUGAUGUCAGCAAAAUAAGAAUCAACGAGUCCGGACUUAUGGACAUCAGGGAUGUUUUGAUUGACCCCACGGCAGAGGUAAAUAAAGCGUCCCUCAUCCCAAUCGAGAGAGCCAAUGGUAAGUUCCUCUUCGUGGCAUCAGAGGAUGACAGAAACUGGAAUAGCUACCUCUUUGCAGAGCAGGCUGCCAAGAGACUGAAGGAUCAUGGGAAAGAGAACUUUGAGGUAGUAAAGUACCCAAAGGCAGGGCACUUUCUGGAGGUUCCUUAUAUGCCCUUUUAUCCUUCUGGCGUUCAUGCUGCUGUAGGGCAAGUAGUUGCUUUUGGGGGUAAUGCGAAGGUCCAUGCAGAUGCGCACGUGGACCUUUGGAAACGCAUUCAGGUGUUUUUUCACAAGCACCUGAAUAGCAGCUCCCAUAAAGCAAUGCUGUAACAUGGUGUUGUGUCCAUCCUUGGCCAGUUUAUUAGGGAAUCAGUACAGUAAUCAGUAAUGUGAAUGUGUUUUGACACACUUGAUAAACUUUUUUCUGAUCAAUUUUUGUCAAACAUUAUGAUACCAGUAUUGUAUGGAACAGUGUCAUUAACAUUUGCAAUAUUUUCAACACUUUGAUGUGAUAUGAAUAUUGGUUAGCUAUUUCAAAAUUAACUAAGCGAAAUACUUUAAUAAAUAUAACUCUUUGUAACCUAAA